AUGCCGAGAUCGUGCUGCAGCCGCCCAGGGGCCCUGCUGCUGGCCUUGCUGCUUCAGGCCUCCAUGGAAGUGAGUGGCUGGUGCCUGGAGAGCAGCCAGUGUCAGGACCUCACCACGGAAAGGUCUGGGGCGCGCAGGGGCGGAGCGCGCAGGCGCCGCGCGGGGGCGGGGCUGCAGGACGGGGCGGCCCUAACCCCGCGCUCGCCGCCCUCCCUGCAGGCGUGCAUCCGGGCGUGCAAGCCGGACCUCUCGGCCGAGACGCCCGUGCUCCCCGGCAACGGCGACGAGCAGCCGCUGACCGAGAACCCUCGGAAGUACGUCAUGGGCCACUUCCGCUGGGACCGGUUCGGCCGCCGGAAUGGCAGCGCGGGCCAGAAGCGCGAAGAGGAAGAGGUCGCGGUGGGCGACGGCGGCCCCGGGCCCCGCGGCGAUGGCGGGGAGCUGGGCCUGCGCGAGGGCAAGCGCUCCUACUCCAUGGAGCACUUCCGCUGGGGCAAGCCCGUGGGCAAGAAGCGACGCCCCGUGAAGGUGUACCCCAACGGCGCCGAGGACGAGUCGGUCGAGACCUUCCCCCUCGAGUUCAAGAGGGAGCUGGCCGGGGAGCGGCCGGAGCCGGCGCUCGGCCCCGAGGGCCCGGCCGACGGCGCCGCGGCCCUGCCCGACCUGGAGUAUGGCCUGGUGGCAGAGGCCGAGGUGGCCGAGAAGAAGGACGAAGGGCCCUAUAAGAUGGAGCAUUUCCGCUGGGGCAGCCCGCCCAAGGACAAGCGCUACGGCGGCUUCAUGACCUCGGAGAAGAGCCAGACGCCUCUGGUGACGCUGUUCAAAAAUGCCAUCAUCAAGAACGCCCACAAGAAGGGCCAGUGACGUGCAGCGGGGCCAGAGGCUUCUCUUCCCAGGAAGUCGACCCUAAGGCCCCUUCUCCUCCCCUGCCCUCCUGCCGCCUCCCAGCCUGGGUGUGCUACUCGCUCAGGCCGUGAUAGCCCCAGAUGGUCAGCCUCUUUUAAAGCUGCCUGUAGUUAGGAAAUAAAACCUUUCAAAUUUC